AUGUUACUUUGUGCUGCCCGUCGAUGCGCCCGGAGCUACCCGCGCAAUGCUGCAGCGCAGGUGACGCGCAUCGGCUCGGCAACUCAACAGCGGCCACGCAUGACAGCCUUCAUCAUUCCUGCUUGCAGUACUGGCUGUUACGCAACAAAACCUACAGGAACUGAUAGUCACGUGGGCGAGUCACUGGACUCUGUGCCCGAUCUGAAAGCUGGCCGCAAUCCCGUCUCGUCAAAGGCGAAAGGUAGCCGCUUUGUGCGCAGUGUUGACAAUGCGGUUGCCCUUGGAAAACCCAUUGCUGAUCUCGAGAGCAGCGCGACGCCGCCAACUGACGCUGGAGUGACAUGGACCGCUCUUCAAGCUAGACUGUCGCCUCCGCCUGACUUGAUCUCUGCAACUUCGAUCACAGCGUAUUUAAAGCGUCUGCAGAGCCUUUUACGGCAUGGAGGCCAUCUUUCCAUUCGCGCCUGCGCUGUUCAUGAGCUUGGGAAGAUUGUGUUGCCUUCAGUGAAGGGUAUAGACGGCGCCACUGUACUUCUACUGCUGCAAACACUGCGGAUGGCGGACGCAGCGCGCACCAUGCCCCUUGUUCAAGAUGCAACUACGUGGAUAGGUUUACACGGUCUCCAGUUUGCACCACCACAGGCAACAGCCGCGAUUGAACUGUUGCUUCACUUCGACCACUCCGUGGCAUGUGAGCUGGCUGUUGCGUUGACCGAGCGCACGCUACCAAGCACCCUUUUCUCGUUUUCCACAGCGCGAGCUCUUCCGAUCCUAACGGCAUUGCUGCCAACUCUCACGUACGGCCAAAACAGCAAUCUUGCGCGACAGACCAUCGCACAAUUGGAGCAAGCAAGUCAAAAAAAUAUCAUCGCUGCUGAAGGGUUGCGCGACGCAUGCAUUGCCGGCGAGUUCCUUUCAGUGUCGCCUGGAAGCCUGGUACAACUUCUGCGCGCAUUGCUCACCUUCAAGCGCGCGAAUCAAGCCCUCUACAGCACAGAGGCUGCCAGCGAAUGGCGAUCCCUGGAGAAGUCUGUAUGCCACAUCCUUGCCACCCCAGAGAAGUGCGCCGAGGUGCCGCCCACCGAUGUUAUCACCCUUCUGGCUGACUUGUCUCGGUGGAGAGAGCAGUACAACCGCUGGGGCGUCGCGGAAUCGACAGUGAACGAUUCACAGGGGCAGCUUUUCACUGCACUUCUUCUGCGGCUCGAGGCAAUCACGGAGCACUUGCGCAGUUUCUCUCCUGAGUUGACCUCAAGCGGAUCGAUUUUGCCAGACCCGUGGGUGAUCAGCGAUCUCUCAGUUGUUUGGUCCCAGUGCUUGUCGUGCGCUGAAACUCGUGGCCCCUCUAGUGAUGGACUCUCCUCUGCCGACAAGGAUGAGGGCGCCAAUGCGGCAGGUGCAUUCGUGACUGCGCUACACGCUCUCCAGUCAGCACUCUUGGGGGUUGUCAGUGCGUGCUGCAAGGCAGAAUCACAGAAUGCGGCGACACUGCAAAUGGCGGUAUUCAUGUGCAGUGAGCUUGUAGUAUCGUGGAAGACAGACGUCCACGGAGAGCGUGAUGAGGAUGUUGCGCAUGCGUCGAGCGAUGAUACCUCCGCAUCGCUGCCGGAUCUCUCAUCGUUGGUGCCUGAGGCGAUGCUGCAGGUCCUUAUCCAGGGGAUUUCGGCACAGCUGCGGGCGGAGAGCAUCACGUGGACGCCGUCGACGGUUCGCGAGGCCGUUUUUUCGUUGGGAAACAGCAGAGAUGCUGCACACCGCGCGCAAGCACUGGAGCUGGCGAGAAGGUGGUAUCGGCAGCUGCAGGCGCGCGCCCAGGAUGGAGAGCGACUUCAGCCAAUUGAGCUGCUCGGUUUUUUCGUGCCUCCUCUGCUGCGCGAGGAGAAGAAGGGGGUGACAGAGGCGGUAAAGGCAUCCCUGCCAAAGUGGAGCGUUGCCGAGGUGCUGUACUUCUUCUCCGAGGUGGCACUGCACGGCGGACGCGCAGGUGGCCUGGAGAGCAUGGCGGUACUGAGGGACUCAGGCAAGCUGCUCUGCGCAUACGCUGCCAAAGCCUCCGCAUCGCAGCUGGUGGGACUCGUAGAGUGCUAUGGUGCGGCACAGGUUCGGAGCGACGACUUCUGUGAGGCGGUUGCUACACGAGUGUCGGAGCUGUUGCGGACCACCGUCGCAGAUGCCUCUCGGGAAAAGACAUACACGACAGUCGAGUCACUCCUCACUGCAUCUGACAGUCAGGCAAACUCCCUCGCUGCAGGAGAAAAUCGAGCGUCAGAGACUGACGCAGCUGAAACGAGCAGCGCAAAUCCUGGUGCAGCCAACUUUUCUGGCAUGACGAUUGCGCAUCUUGCACGGCUACUCCGCUCCCUUGCUCUCAUGGAAACACGGCAGAUGAGACCUUUCAUUGACGCCGUUCAGAGCAUUACGCGCGCUGCUGACGCUGAUCAGGGCACUGCAGAGCAGAUCACGCAACUCAUUGCGGCGUAUGCGAAGAUGCUUAUCUGGAGUUACCCAGUGCUCCGUGCGUUGGCGGAGCGCCUACUGCGAAUGAACAAAUCUGAAGUGACCCUGUCGCACAUUGUUACUGCACAGCUGGCGCUGCUACGCAUGGAUGUGACGCUGCCUUCUAUCACGGGUCGCUUUUAUGAGCAGCUAUCGCAGGUGUACAAGGCAGCAGCCGGUCAAUCGCACGUUCAUUCCGCACCUCACACUACCCUACAUGACAUGGUUGUGCAGCUGUCCAUUCUAGCGCGCCUGCGCGGUCACCCUUCGGAAACGCCUUUGGACGAUGCUGUCGUGGAGGUGCUGAUUGAGCGCAUCGUUGCCCACGCGGAUCGUCUGAAGAUGAACGAAGUUGCGGAGGUGCUGCUGUCUCUUAGUCGACUCGAUAAAGGGAAGUCACCCGCGUUUGAAGCCCUCAAUGUUCGUACUCUGGGCAUGCUGCCUAAAGCGCCUUCACGGGUGAUGGCACAUGUGGUGGAGGCGUACGCGCUCGCUGGCCGCAGUGAGGACACGGAGCUGUUCACCCUUGUCGCGGACCGUACUAUAGCCAUGCGCCACGAGAUGGCGUCGGUAACAAUCGCCAGUGUCCUUGCCUCCUUUGCAAAGGCAGGGGUGCGGAACGACAGGCUCUUCAUCGAAGUUAUCCCCCGCGUCCGCCACGUCGCGACCUAUGGAACCCCACGCGAUGUGGUGAAUGUCGUGAGCGCCUACGCUGCCGUGAACCUGUGGCACUACAAGCUGUUCUCUCGCCUUGCAGAUCGUGCCAUUCAGCUGCGUGCCGACUUCCGCACUCCUGAGAUGGUGGCACUACUCAAGGCGUACGCCACCGUUCAGAUGCGCUACGACCGUCUCUUCUUGGAGUUUGCUCCGCGCGUUCAGACACUCGUCCACCUUCUCUCCCCGGGAGAUUUGGUCCACAUCAUGUCCAGCUACGCGCGACUUGACAUACGGUGUCCACCAGUUUGGAAGGCAACUGCGACUCAAGCCAUCACAAUCGCCCAUCACUUCACCCAACAAGAAGCAAGGACUCUCCUUGAGGCCUACGCGUCGCAGUCGUUCUUCAACCGAGAGUGCAUCGAUGUCUUGACGCGGCGCUUUCCUGAGCUGGCGAGCAUUUCUUGGGAUUCGGCCGAAGCAACCUCCGAACACAACGGGAUUACUAGCAGUGACGCUGACCAAUCGAAAAGCGAGAGCAGCAACAAAAGUGAAACGGCGCAGCACGUAUGA